AUGGGCAGGCCUGGCCUUCCAAUUUUAGACAUCGAGGAGCUUUGUUUCGUUCAAGAUGAACUUAGGUUUAGUAGAAUGACUGCCCAGAGUUGGGUAAUGAAUUCCGAACGAUACGACUAUGGCAAUGUAGAUACGACUGGUAUUUGUUCUCGAAAGGUCGAAUGGCGAACUGUUGCCAAGCAAAACAGCGAACGCAAUCAAAGGCGCUCGGACAUUUGGCAGCGGGUGCAUAAGCAAGCCUCCAGUAAACAUCGCACCGCAGCACCUGCGCGCUUGCCGCAAUUAAGACCAGUGAUGACGAGUCCAUCAUAUCAGUCCGGUCGCCACCAUCUAUCGGUGGUACGACUUAAUCGGGGACACGGCGAUGAUAGCACAAGAUGGGGGAAAGGAAAUAUUAAUCGUCCUGCGUUCUGCGUUCAUUUAGCGAAUCGAUGGGUCGUAAAAACACGCUGGAAAACAAGCGUCCUUCCCUGCUGUUUUAUGCACUUUACGAACUGGACAUUUAGACGAUUUGUCAGUUGCACCGGGCUCGAGUGCGAUACGAUCGCGGAAAGAACGUUCCGUGCGAUGGCAAGACGAAGUGCGACAACUUGCGACGCGUCAAAUCCCGGCAGUCCAGGCUGA